UAGAGGGGACGUGGUGACGUAAGUAGUUACCAUGGAGUUGCGCUGAGUAACCGUGAGAUAGUGGACUCCGAGGCUGGAGUGGAAGCAACUGCGGGGAACAAUCCCUGCACCCAAAGGAGUGAAUCCCUAAUGGUGGAGUUUCAGGCAUCAGUGACAGGCUGAACCCGGAUUCCCAGGGCCCAUGCUUACACCUGACAAAUGAUGGCCUGAGCUAUGAACAAACGGAACUAUAUGAACACUUCGGUGCAAGAGCCCCCUCUUGACUACUCCUUCCGAAGCAUCCACGUGACCCAAGAUCUGUUAAGCGAGGAGCCCCGGACAGGGCUACGACCAGUAAGGCAUGCGAAGUCGGGGAAGUCAAUGACCCAGUCCCUGUGGUUAAACAACAAUGUCCUCACUGACUUGAGAGACUUCAACCAUGCGGUUUCACAGCUCCUGGAGCAUCCAGAGAACCUGGCCUGGAUCGACCUGUCCUUCAAUGACCUGACUUCCAUUGAUCCUGUCCUGACAACUUUCUUCAACCUGAGUGUCCUCUAUCUCCAUGGCAACAGCAUCCAGCGCCUUGGAGAAGUGAACAAGCUGGCUGCCCUCCCUCGGCUCCGGAGCCUGACCCUGCACGGGAACCCCAUUGAAGAUGAGAAGGGGUAUAGGCAAUAUGUGCUGUGCACCCUGCCCCACAUCACCACAUUCGACUUCAGUGGGGUCACCAAAGCAGACCGCACAACGGCUGAAGUGUGGAAACACAUGAACAUCAAACCGAAGAAGGUCCGGAUCAAGCACAGUGCACUCUGAGGUUCCCAGGACCCCAGCAGUCCUAAAGGCCUGAGGGUGGUCCGUUUGGUUUGACAAUAAAUGAUUUGAACUGUUCGGCAGACCACCUUGUCCCAUGCAAAGAUGCCCCCCAAAUCAGGGAACCAGCAUCAUGUUCUGGUCUUACAUCACUGAAACAAGGAGGAAAUGGAAAGAAAGGCCCACUGGCCUCAGCUGAUGGCAUAGCCCUGGGAAAUAUAUCUAACCUGUCUGGGACCUUUGGCGUUCUUUAGUUCAGAUAUCCUGAGGUUAGAGUUGCUUCGCAGAGCAUCAAGGUUCUGUGGAGACGCCCCAGAGGCCUCUGUGACAGGAGGCCAGGAAGAUGGGCUGUGACCUCUGGACGCCCCACUUCAAUCAGAUCAGAGUAGUUCCUCACUCAUGUUUUAUGUGUUAUGAUUCUGCUUAAGAUUUCACUUGAUAAAAACAAU